AUGAUGCAACAGUGGGCCGUGCUCUACCUCUUCCGGUGUUGUUCUGUGAACGUGGGGCGAACGGGAGAUAUGACAAGCGUAUGGCGGAUGCAGGGUGGUCCUGUGGAUUUGAAAGAUCAGUCUAGUGACAAUUUACCUAAGUACAAUUCGAAAAAUUUAGUUAAAAAGGUACCUACCUUAGAUUUUGGGAAAAGUUUCACUAGUAGUCAGUAG